UGCUGCACAAAAAAAGGAAUACACUGGAAUAAUUUUGCGAAAGAAAUAGUCCAAUGAAAACAUGGUGGCACGUUUUAUCACGACAGACACGUGUGAGCAGCAUCUCCGGCCUGCGAGUACGGUGUAGCCGCCCUCCGGGCUUCUGACUUCCGCCGCGACAAAAACAACUCAUAGAGUUCCUCGUCGUCACCGGACGGCUGAAAUCUUCUUCAUCGACCAGAGUUCAAAAUCGCAUUUAAGUUGCGGCAAUUAAGUUUUACCAGAAUUUCUUCCGUCACGUUUUCGACGGCUUGCGAUCAGUUCUCCGUUUCCGAGCAACUACACUCGCAAAUAUGUCUUCCAGUGCGUCAAAAGCCGACGACCUCGAAACUCUGAAACGCCGUCGUAUUCUGUCCAGCAAGCUCUACUUCGAUGUGCCUCCGUCCAAGGUUCCUCUAAUUUACUCGCCUUCCUACGAUAUUUCUUUCCUUGGCAUCGAAAAGUUGCAUCCUUUUGAUUCUUCCAAAUGGGGUCGGAUUUGCCAAUUCCUUGUUACGGAUGGUUUUCUGAGGAAGAAUUCCAUUGUGGAGCCGUUGGAGUCUACCAAAGAUGACCUCCUGGUGGUUCAUUCAGAGUCAUACUUGAAUAGUCUGAAGAGAAGCUCAAGUGUUGCUGUCAUUGUUGAGGUACCCCCGGUUGCUGUAUUACCUAAUUGUCUCGUGCAGCAGAAAGUUCUUCGGCCUUUCCGUAAACAGGUUGGAGGAACUAUAUUGGCUGCAAAGCUUGCACAAGAACGUGGAUGCGCUAUAAAUGUGGGUGGUGGGUUUCAUCAUUGUUCUGCAGAGAGAGGUGGUGGAUUCUGUGUUUUUGCUGACAUCUCUCUUUGCAUUCAUUUUGCCUUUGUCCGUUUAAAUAUUUCGAGGGUGAUGAUUAUUGAUCUUGAUGCACACCAGGGAAACGGACAUGAGAUGGAUUUUGCAAAUGACAGAAGGGUUUAUAUUCUGGAUAUGUACAAUCCUCAAAUUUAUCCUCUUGAUUAUGAGGCCAGGAGACUGGGACAUCAACGAGCGAAUAUUUGACAAAACUUGAUGAUGCUCUUGAGGUGGCUUCUCGGAAUUUUAACCCUGAGUUGAUCAUUUACAAUGCUGGCACUGAUAUUUUGGAUGGGGAUCCUCUGGGCAGGUUAAAGAUCAGCCCCGAGGGAAUAGGCAUGAGGGAUGAAAAGGUCUUCAGAUUUGCUAAAGAGAGGAGCAUUCCUCUUGUUAUGCUUACGUCAGGUAAUUUCCUUGGCUCUAUAUGAAACAGGAGAUGGCUCCAGUAGUAAUGUAACAUCCCCUGGUAGUAUUAUCAGCAGUUUUUGUCCACAUUUGCAGGUGGUUAUAUGAAAUCCAGUGCGAGAGUGAUUGCAGAUUCAAUCAUAAACCUCUCGAAGAAGGCAUUGAUAGAGCUGCAGUGAUCAAUUUAUAGAAAAUCCGACAACACAAGACCUGAACUCCUGAUUAUGUAUGGUUCUAUAUCAAAAAUGCGUGAGGCAGUCAGGCAGUGGACAUAGUAAGUACUAAACUUUGUGGAUUUCGCAGCGUGCUUAUACUAAUUAGGUAGAGUAAUACUGGAAAAGUGAACAAAAAAGAGGACCUUGAAAUAAGUAAAGUUGUGAAAGAAGAUGGUGGGGGGAAGGACAGAAACCCCCGUGAAAUGUGUAUGAUGUUGCACCUUAUAGGAGGCAUGAAUGCGUGUAUGUAUUUUGUAAAAAUAUAAGAGUGAGUGAAGAUUACUACAGAAGUAGAGUAACAAAGCACGACUCUUUUAACUAUCUCGAUUUCAUCUUCAGAUUUAGAUUCUGUUGUCAUUCACAAUUCACAUGGGUCCUUUUCUUUCCUUCCCUCCCUCCCUCCCAUUAAGUCAAACAGUACAAGAGUAUAUUUUCUGUAAGUAAAUAUGAUUCGGUAAUUUAGUAAAAACUGUCCAACACGAGUUGAGUUACUAAAGGAAUCCGGAUCCUGUCC